AUGGAUUUCCCACAGGAAUUGCGAGUUGACCUACCUGAAUUCACUCUCCCGUUGACCUAUGCCGAACAUGGCAAAUACUCUCUUUUCCCCAAUGCACUCGAUUAUAACGAAGUCAAUGAUGAAGGCUUCCUCUAUACCCUUCGAGAGAUUCUGAUGAUGCGGGUGAUGAACACCAUCACCGAUAAACCGCACUGGGAUCAAAAGGUGUUUGAUGAAAAAGUCACUGAUAAAUGGCGACAAGAGAUCUCCGAAAGCGGACAGGAUGUGACCAAAGCUAUGAUGGAUUGGAUCAUCAAAGAGCUACAAUGGAAAGCCGAGAGUCUCAAGAAAGAUGGUAUCGUCGGGGUCUUUGACAACGGUGUUGUCAAAUCAGACAAUGCAAUCCCGAAGGACCUCAAACAGCAGCUCAAGGAGGCGGUGGCGCCUUUUGAAGAGGUCCCGGAUGACCAAAAGGACUAUCAUCCUGGCUCGGAUAACAAGGUUCUUGAUCUUGUGCACCAAUCGCUUUUCCCCGUCGUAUACGGACGCACCCAUAUCCUCAGAGACAAACUCAUCGGUCUGGAUGAUUGUCUGAAUAGUGUUGGCCAGGGAGAAGUACUUCAAGUGCGUCCAAAACGCGAGGCGUCGCCUCGAAGUUGGCGAGGAUAUCCUUCCCAUGAGGCGAUCAGCCGGAGAUUCCAAUGGCUUCCAUGCGACGUGAGAUUUUCGGAAAGUGAGCCCGGAUGUCGUAUAACUUCAUACAUGAACAAUGUCCACCCGGUUGACCACAGGGCUCUGUAUGGAAUAAUCGAGAAAAUCAUUGCGCGAGCCAUUCCACUUUGGAACAAAACCCUGACACCAGUUUCCCCAUGGGGAGAAAGAAUCCAAUAUGGAGACGACGUCAAAUAUGUCGAUGGCACUGAGGCGACGGAGCCGACUCAAGGAGAAGAUGAGGACGAGCAAGAUUACUGGGAUCGUUGCGAGGCAUGGGCAGCAGCUCGGCCGAUCGAACUUCCAGAGCCAAAUGUGGACUGGUUCAAGCCUCCGAACCAGGUUCGACCCGAUAUGUGUGUUAAUCUUCGCGAGGAGUACAAGGACAGUGGCCUCCAGGUCAUUGUGAAGUUGGCCAACAUUGAGCUCAGUCCCGAAAACCCCGAAUACGACGGAGGUAGCUGGCACAUCGAGGGACAACUUAAUGAACGCAUCUGCGCUACGGCCAUCUACUACUAUGACAGCGAAAACAUCACACAGAGCACACUUUGCUUCCGCCACCGCGCAGGAAAAGACCUCGCCCAAGAGUUUGGCUACGAACAAAACCGGCACGAAUUCCUUCAGCAGGUCUACGGGUUCCCCGGCUCAGGAAUUUACUUCGAAGACCACGUUGACGGCAUGACGCAGGAUCUUGGAGGCGUCGUGUGUCGCGAGGACCGCCUGCUCACAUUUCCUAAUAUUCUUCAGCACCGCGUGUCUCCGUUCUCACUGGCGGAUCGAUCGAAGCCUGGUCAUCGCAAGAUUCUUGCGUUGUUCCUUAUUGAUCCGCAUGUGAGAAUCAUCUCGUCUGCCAAUGUGCCGCCGCAGCAAGCGGAUUGGAGUAAGGGACGGAAGAAUCUUAUUGAUGAAUUGCUCGGUACGCGACUGCCCGUGGAAUUGCGGGAAAUGGUACGUAAAGAUUUGCCAAAGUCGGUUAUGACCCUGGACGAGGCGAAGGAAUAUAGGCUGGAGUUGAUGGAGGAGAGGAGUAUCCAGACUCGGGAACAGAAUGAGGGAUUCAUAAGUGGGGAGUUUUCACUCUGUGAGCAUUAG